AUGUCCGCAGCCGGGGGCUUGACUCGCCGACGAGGUGGCGGUCGAGCUACUGGUCAAGAAGAACAAGAUGACAGCCGUGUAUCGUCGCCCGUAUCGAGAAAUGGCUCUGCGAUGGAUAACCGCGGCCCGGAGACCUCGUUCACGGCCGGAGAGAACGGCCACAAGAUCGCAUUCGACCCCCGCGACCUCAGCGAAACCGAGGAGCGGAGUAAGCAGCCUAAACUAACUUUGAUGGAGGAGGUUCUGCUGUUGGGCUUGAAGGACAAGCAGGGUUACCUGUCCUUCUGGAACGAGAACAUUUCUUACGCUCUGCGAGGGUGUAUUGUCAUCGAACUCGCGCUCCGCGGCCGCAUUAGUAUGCAGAAGGAUUCAUCGCGGCGACGCUUUCCCUUGGCAGACCGCGUGAUCGAGGUCGUCGACGACACUCUGACCGGCGAAGUCUUGCUGGACGAGACGCUGAAGAUGAUGAAGUCGAGCGAGAAGAUGAGCGUGAACUCUUGGAUUGACUUGCUGAGUGGUGAGACCUGGAAUUUGAUGAAGAUCGGAUACCAAUUGAAACAAGUGCGCGAGCGAUUGGCCAAGGGUCUUGUGGACAAGGGUAUCCUGCGAACUGAAAAACGAAACUUCCUUCUAUUUGACAUGGCAACGCACCCCGUCGCCGAUGGUGGCGCUAAAGAUGACCUUCACCGACGGGUACGCAACAUCUGCAGCAGCCGCACCGUGAUCAUUCCUUCUUCCCAAUGGCUCCCCGAGGACUCGGAGUACCGCUACCUUCGCACCGUCACAAUGGUUUGCGCUGCUUACGCGGCCAACGUACUGGAGAACGCCCUGGUCACAAUGAGCCACGAAGCUCGGGAAAGAGCAUUUGCCCAGGUGGAUGAGCUACUGGCCGAAUAUUCGCAGUUCCCAUUUGCUCGCCGACCCGGCGGUUCGCAGGCAAUUGGUGCCAACCUGGCGCAGGCGAUCAAUGACGAAGUUAGCAAGUCCCCAGACCGAGAGCUCCAAAUGGAGAUCAUCGCCGCUUGCUUGAGCGUUUUCACCAGACUUGAUUCCUUACUUUAA